ACCAUAUCCAGCACAAAUCUGCUCAUCCAUAGUUCACAGUAAAGGACUCACAGCUCGACCAAUGAGGCAGAGUGGAAUCGGAGCAGCAGCAGGUGAAGGUAGAAAGUGUGUGAGCUGAUGUGGAUGUAAAUUUAGCAGCAUGGAUCGGUGUAAGGACAGAGAGGAGGGAGUCCCUCCCUCUAAAACCACUCUGUGUGGGGAAGAUGAGAGCCAGACCAAAGCUCAGAGGAACCAACCUGGAUCUCCACCCAGCUCUGUGUCCUUAAAGAGUGAUGCGUCCAAUGAUCGCUACAUUCAUUUUAAAGUCCAGCCUCUGUCUGCUGCAGAGAGAGUGGACCAGGAGAGCUCAGAGGUUCCCAGUGGUCAGUCUGCCCAGCAAAAUAAAACACACCUGGACUCCAUAUUUAUGAUACUGGAGGACAAAAUAAUCACUUUUGUAAAGAAUGAACUGAAGAAGAUCCAGAGAGACCUGGGUGCAGAUGAUCUAGAAUGCUUAAAGAGUCAAUGCAAGGAUGAGGAAGUAUUACUGGGAAAGGAUGAAGAGCAGAGUAAAAACAUCAGAGAAGCCUUUGUGACGAUUACAUUGGACUUCCUGAAGAGAAUGAAGCAGAAGGACUUGGUUGAGCAUCUACAGAGAAGAGCAUCCACAAGAAACCUCCAGUGGCAUCAGCAUAAAUUUAAAUCUGCAGUGAAGAAAAAGUUCCAGUGUGUGUUUGAGGGCAUCGCUAAAGCAGGAAACCCAACCCUCCUGAAUCAGAUCUACACAGAGCUCCACAUCACAGAGGGAGGGACUGCAGAGGUCAAUGAUGAACAUGAGGUCAGACAGAUUGAAACAGCAUCCAGGAAACCAGACAGUCUAGAAGCAAUAAUCAGACAUGAAGACAUCUUUAAAGCCUCACCUGGAAGAAAUGAACCAAUCAGAACAGUGCUGACAAAGGGAGUGGCUGGGAUCGGGAAAACAGUCUUAACACGGAAAUACAGCCUGGACUGGGCUGAAGACAAAGCCAACCAGGACAUCCAGUUCAUAUUUCCAUUCACUUUCAGAGAGCUGAAUGUGCUGAAAGAGGAAAAGUUCAGCUUGGUGGAACUUGUUCAUCACUUCUUUACUGAAACUAAAGAAGCAGGAAUUUGCAGCUUUAAAGACUUCCAGGUUCUGUUCAUCUUUGAUGGUCUGGAUGAGUGUCGACUUCCUCUGGACUUCCACAAAACUACAAUCCUAACUGACCCUAGAAAGUCCACCUCAGUGGAUGUGCUGCUGAUAAACCUCAUCAGAGGGAAACUGCUUCCCUCUGCUCGCCUCUGGAUAACAACACGACCUGCAGCAGCCAAUCAGAUUCCUCCUGGCUGUGUUGACAUGGUGACUGAGGUCAGAGGGUUCACUGACCCACAGAAGGAGGAGUACUUCAGGAAGAGAUUCAGAGCUAAGGAGCACAUCAGCAUCAUCAUCUCCCACAUCAAGAAAGCUCGAAGCCUCCACAUCAUGUGCCACAUCCCAGUCUUCUGCUGGAUCACUGCUACAGUUCUGGAGGAUGUGCUGGAAACCAGAGAGGGAGGACAGCUGCCCAAGAUGUAA